GAGAGAUCUUAAGAAAGAGAGCAGAUCCUCCCCCAGCCGCAUUGAGAGUGGGGGUACAGUCGGUGCAGAAUGGCUGUUUUAUAACUGGGAUCCUUGGUGACGUAUGGCUGCCGGCUUCUUGGCAGCUGUCUUUAUGGACCAGUAGGCAGAGCAAAAUUGACGCUGACAAGACUUUUGCAUCUUGGAAGGGACUGUAAUCUACUGUAGUGAAGAACAGAGCCGCUCAAUCAGGCGGGUGUAAAUAAGAGACGGAGGGGAGCCCAAAAGAAAAGGAAGAGGAGGAAAAAAAAAGUGUGUGUUGGGGGGAGCAGGCAAAAGCAUUUUUGGUGGAUGGUAUGAAGCCAGCCAUGGAAACUGCAGCCGAGGAAAAUACUGAACAAAGCCAAGAGAGAAAAGUGAACAGCAGAGCUGAAAUGGAAAUUGGCAGGUACCACUGGAUGUACCCAGGCUCAAAGAACCACCAGUACCAUCCUGUGCCAACCCUGGGGGACAGGGCUAGCCCCUUGAGCAGUCCAGGCUGCUUUGAAUGCUGCAUCAAGUGUCUGGGAGGAGUCCCCUACGCCUCCCUGGUAGCCACCAUCCUGUGCUUCUCCGGAGUCGCCUUGUUCUGCGGCUGUGGGCAUGUGGCUCUGGCGGGCACCGUGGCAAUUCUUGAGCAACACUUCUCCACCAACACCAGUGACCAUGCCUUGCUGAGCGAAGUGAUACAGCUGAUGCAGUAUGUCAUCUAUGGAAUUGCGUCCUUUUUCUUCCUGUAUGGCAUCAUUCUGCUGGCAGAAGGCUUUUACACCACAAGCGCCGUGAAGGAGCUGCACGGAGAGUUCAAAACCACUGCCUGUGGCCGGUGUAUCAGCGGGAUGUUCGUCUUCCUCACCUAUAUGCUUGGCGUGGCCUGGCUGGGUGUGUUUGGUUUCUCGGCAGUGCCCGUGUUCAUGUUCUACAACAUAUGGUCAACUUGUGAAGUCAUCAAGUCACCACAGACCAAUGGCACCGCGGGUGUGGAGCAGAUCUGCGUGGAUGUGCGACAAUAUGGUAUCAUCCCUUGGAAUGCUUUCCCAGGAAAAAUCUGUGGCUCCGCCCUGGAGAACAUCUGCAACACCAAUGAGUUCUACAUGUCCUACCACCUGUUCAUUGUGGCCUGCGCCGGAGCUGGUGCCACCGUCAUUGCCCUGAUCCACUUCCUCAUGAUACUGUCUUCUAACUGGGCUUACUUAAAGGAUGCAAGCAAAAUGCAGGCUUACCAGGAUAUCAAAGCAAAGGAAGAACAGGAACUGCAAGAUAUCCAGUCUCGAUCAAAAGAACAACUCAAUUCUUACACAUAAAUGUUUGCCACAGUGUUUCAGCCAACGAAUUUACAGCUCUGACAAAUCAUCAGACAGCUGCCCUGCAGUAAAGAUGUGUAUCCCACCAAACAAACUCAUGUAGAUGUACCGACAUUUCACGGUCUGUCUCAAGCUGCUGGGAUGUAUCUCUAGGAAAAUCUUCCAGUGGGUAAAUCUUUUUCUUUAGAACAAACGUGGGAGGUUUCAUGUUAGCCAUUUUAAAAGGCAACACUUUGACAAAAGAUUGUUCAUCUGGGCCUGGGAUUUAGCUCAGUGUUUCGGCUGCCUGCCUGCAAGUGCAAGGUCUCGAGUUCCAUCCCCGGUACCCCCCCCAAAAAAAAUUGUUCAUCCUUUUGAAAUUUGUGGCAUGCACCUACUUAUUGCUAGAGUGAUCCUACCAAGGUAGGUGAUGAUGCCCUACUUCCUUGGUAGGGACCAGUGACAUGCCAACAUCUAGGGAUGUGACAGUAAAUUCACAUAUGCCAUCCAUCCUCAAGUAAACAUUAUCUAUAUAGGAAAAAAAUGGAAUUGGUGUGAAGUUCCAUUUCUGAAAGCUAACAUUAGUCAAACUUUGACACACAUCAAAGAUAGUGUGAUUCUUAAAAUUAACUUUUUAAAAAAUUAGCACUCCGUCAAGUCUAGAUCCAUUAAUUUCUUGAACCAGUAAGAAAUCUAUUUUUCAGUAAUGCUAAAAUGAGCUACAACAACUCUGUUGAACUUACCAUUGAAGAAUCUGGGUUCUGAUUUAUUAAGCUUUCCAGAGUCAAUUUUGUAAUAGACUCCAUUUUAAUAAAAUAAUGAUCCAGUUAUCAUCAUUCUUCUCUGGAAGUAAAUGUCAGCUCUGCCUUAAUGAGUAUUUAUUUGCUUUAAAUUUCUAAGAAUUUGUAUUAUAAUAGACCCCAAAAUCCUUCACAGAAUUUUGUUCCAUAAAUAUUUUUAAUUAAGAAGUGUUACCUUAUUAAAAUGACCACCAUUCUAAAGCAUUUUUAAGUGGUCUGGAAAGUGAGUUUACAGUUUCAUACCAGCUAUCUAAAACCUAACUACAAACUGACCACAGACCUCUAACCUCCUACUUUUAUACACUUGAAUACGUAAGUAAAUUAGGGCUGGUAUUUAUUUCUUUUUUGUUUCCUUAUCUCAAACUUAGUUUCCUGGAUUAAUAAUGUUUGAUGUUCAGCAAGAAAACUGCUUGAGUUUAAGCCAUUUUCAAAAGAAACUUGCCUUCUAAAUCAUUGUGUUGCAGAACAUUAAGUGACUGUAGGUACUGGGUAUUAGUGAUGGUAAACUUUGUGUUGUUCUUUUUGAAAUGAUCCACAUAAAUGUUGGGUGCAUAAGUGCUUUUCAAAGGGGCUGCAUAUUAUAGGGUUAACUGUGUAUAUUCAUGUUAAAGAGUUAACUUGUGGUUUGGCUGUUUCCUGGAUUUCAAAACGUGUACAUGUGCAGAAAUGUAUUCAAAUGAAAGGAAGCAUACUUUUAUCAAGAUACUAUUAAAAUUGAACAUCAAGUAUAAUAUUUCAUUUGGAUUCUUUUUUUUAGUCAUGCCUAAAAAUGCCUAUUUGGAUUUGUUUUCUUAAUUUGGAGAAGCUCUCUUCUAUGUAGAACAGGUAUUCCAAAGUAGCUUAGUGUUUUAUUUUCCUGUUGCAUGACAAACUUAAAUAUUCUUUCCAGCAGUGGCGGUGCUGUUUAGAGUUCAGUGUUCUAGAAGAACAGUGUUCUAGAAGAACAGUGUUCUAGGCAGUGUCUAAAGCCUAAUUUUACUUUUCUAAUUCUGGUAGCUAUUACCAGGAAUUUUCAAAAGUUUUGUUGACGUAGUCUAAUAUUUUUUAUGUAAAGAGCAUUAAAUUUUGCUAUGUAUAAAUUUUUGUAACCUAACAGUGAAUCAAUAUUUUCUAUCAGUGCCAAGGGCUUCUUGUAGUUCUAUUCAAGUGUUACAAUAAAUAUUUGUAGAUAAUAGUCAAUACUUGUGUAUGCUUAUUUUAAAGAUCUAUUUAGGUGGAAAUAGUUGUGGAUGUACUAACAGUAAUGAAAUAAAGCUAUAGCUUCA